AUGAAAACCUCGACCCUCAGCUACGCUCUGCUAUUGCUCCCCUUCACAACGUCCGCGAUCCUGCAGAAACCACUAUCACCAGCACCCCAACUCGGACCCGCCAUGCCUCCUCACCCACCAGCACCCUCCUCAGAUACCCCGUCCUCGCCCCCCUCGGGCUCCGUGAUGCUUUCCGACGUCCUCGGAAACGACCGCAGCAUCAACAUCUUCGCAGGCUUCACACGCGACUUCGCCUCCCUCUCCCAGCGCUUCGAAGACUCCUCGCUCAACACCACCAUCCUGGCGCCCCUCAACAGCGCCAUCAUGGCGCUACCGAGGAAACCGUGGGAGGAUCCGAAAGACUACGAUAGUCUUGGGGAGAGCGCUUACGAGGGCGAGAAGGGGGAGGAGCGGGCCCAUCGGAACAUGAGGAGGUUUGUGGAGACGCAUGUUGUGGGGAUGGAGAAGGAGAAGGGCGAGUGGAAGGAGGGAGACAGGGCGAGGACUUUGAGUGGAGAAGAGGUGUGGUGGGAGGAGAAAGAGGGGAGGAAGAUGAUUCAACCGGGGAAUAUCGAGGUUGCUUCUGUAGCGAGUAGGGUCCAUAAUGGAGAAGUUUGGAUCUUGAAGGGAGUGAGGAAUUAUGUAUGA